AUGUUCGAUUUCUUUCACAACGAUGAGUUCAAUGAGAGUGAUGAGAGUGAGGCACCAAGGAGAGGGAUGCCAAAGACUCGAAGUACAGAAGCUGGUAAGAAGGCACGGGCAGCUGGCGGAUUUGGUGGCAUGGUGACCUUCAAAGAUGGCUUUGCCAUGAACAUGAAAGAAGUACAACAGAAGGAGUGGCGCAGGGUUGGCAAAGAUGUUUGGAUCGUUGAUCAAAACCCGCUCUUUCAGGAGAUUGUGUUGUUGGGCAAAGUGCUCUUUGGCCGCCAGCGUUUUGCCUUCGAGGUUCAAGAGUUGAAUCGUAGACCUGCAGACGUAAGGAGGAUCUUGAAGAAAGCCAAGGAGAUGGAAGAAGCCAGGUUUGGUCCCUUGGAUGAUUUCGGCUUUGGGGAAGCCAGGGAGGCGAAGGAGAAGACUGAUGAAGUGGCCUGGAUGGAUGUUUGGAAGGCUGAGGAGCUGACGGCCAAGCAUUCAAUCCAAGUGAAAUUUCAAGAUAUUGAGCGAGUGGAUGUGAUCGAUGAUGAGGUCACCUUGAUUUUGAGCAAGGGGCCACAGUGCUACGUGAAACCAGAAGGAGAGAUGGCUAUUGUGAACAUGGAAGUUGCAAAGGACAUUACUGGAGGAGCUCGAAGUAUCAAGUUCAAAACGACUGACUCGACUGCUCAGCAAGAGCAACUGUGCUUUCGAAGUUCUAAGGAGCUCAUGAGCUUCUCGAAAGUUCGCCACAUGGUUUCAGAGCAUUCAUCUCACAUGGAUGCGCUUUUCCGCGGCCAGGUUCCUGUGAAACCAGUUCCAACUCCAUCUCGCAAGAGAAAGGCCGAUGACGCUGGGGCUGUGAAAAAGCCACGGAUGGAUCCCAGCAAACUGUUGGAAGACAUCACAGCGGCCCCAGGAAGCUGGUUGCAGCAGGCAGUGGAACAGUUUCAAUUGAAAGGCAUUUGUGACCGGAAUAUUCCAGACUCACAGUGGAAGCGCUAUGUAGAAGAACGUGAGCUCCUUGAAUCCUUUGACCAAGAUGAUCAUGAAGGAGAAGAAGAAGAGGAGUUUGAAGAGGAUGAAGAAGUUGAUGCUGACAAGAAGGCUUCCAGAAUCCUUUGCAGCAUUCGCGAAUCGGUCGCAGCCACUAUGAACUCCAGUGCUUUGAAGGUGGACGCUGAAGCCUUUGCAAGAGGUGUUUUCAUUCUGUCCAAUGAUUCUGACGACUACGAUGAAGUUGAAGAGCCCAGAAGAGUCUCUAUUCACGCACGCAUCUAUGCUCCCAACGACUACAACGAGCACCGCCGCAAGAACCCGGUGAAGCAGUCUUUGGCCUCCAACGCGACACUGUGCCAGCUGGGGAUUCAUUUGUUCGGCAGCGAGGCGCUGAGCAACAGGAAGGUCUUCAUGCUGCUCGUGCGAUCGGUGGGUCUUGGCAAGUGGGGUGAAGUGAAUGGGUGGCCCAUUGCCAUGGCACGGCAACGAUUUAAGCGCCGCAAAGAUGAGAGUGAUACGGAUGUCGAAGCCAUUACGGGUGAACAGAUCAAAGAAGCAAAUGUGGGUGAUUGCUGUGUGAUGUGA